AUGGCUAAGUUCUUUCUGGAGGACAAGGGCAGUUUCAACCCCCAGGAAGGGGUGGGGUGGACAAAGGGCCGGACCCCUUUCGCAGAGACUCACGCCACAUCUGACUCUCGUGUCCUACCAGCAUCUCUAGUCCAAGGCUGCAUCAUCCGAAUCCACCGGGUCUCCGCUGCGCUUUGGCGCCACCUGGUGGUGGCCCGGCGGCUCCGGCGCAAAGCCGCUGGCGACGGUGAAGGCGAGUUGGGAGCGGGCUUCCGCCUGGCGGUGCCUCUCUCUCCGGCGUCCGCCCGGAUGGACGGCGCCUGCUGUGUCGGAGGAGCUGGGAGACAGGACAACAGAGAAUACCGAGGACACGGGGGUCCACUUUCCGUUUCCAAAAGCGGCGACCACCAGUCUUCGGAAGUGCGCGAUUCCCUGUCCCAGACAGGCGGGAAUCAGGACGCGGGUGCUGGGGCCGGCAGGGCUGGAGAUCGAACCCCCAACCAGCUUUCCGCUGACCCCACGCCAAGACGAGCUGGGAAGGAGAGAGAAAGAGGAACGGAGUCGGAAAGUGAGAGACAGGACGACUGCCCAAGGCAGCGGUCACAGUGGCUGGCUUCUCCUGGGGCAUUGCCCUCCUUGCCCUCCGUUGUCUGCCGGCCUGGCCGGCAGCAGAGCACUGGGCCUUCUGAGCCUGGUGCAUUUCAGCCGCCACCAAAAUCGGUUAUCGUGGACAAGCGUUGCCUGCCGGGUCAGGAAACCAGGUUUUUGAGUCCUGAAUUCAUUCCUCCAAGGGGAAGAACAGAUCCUCUGAAAUUUAAACUAGAAAGAAAAGAAAUGUUAGAAAGGAGAAAAGUACUCUGCAUUCCAGAGUUGUAUGUUGGAAGCAUACUUCGUGUUACUACAGCUGACCUAUAUGCCAGUGGAAAAACCAGCCAAUUUCUAGGGAUUUGCAUCCAGAGAUCAGGAUCAGGCCUAGGAGCUACUUUUAUCCUUAGGAAUACUAUUGAAAGACAGGGUGUUGAGAUUUGCUUUGAACUUUAUAAUCCUCGAGUUCAGGAAAUCCAAGUGGUCAAAUUAGAGAAACGGCUGGAUGAUGGUUUGCUGUACUUAAGAGAUGCCCUUCCUGAAUAUAGCACUUUUGAUGUGAAUAUGAAGCCAGUGUCACUAGAGGCUGGCCAAGAAGUCCCUGUUAAUAAGCUGAAAGUCAAAAUGGAGCCUAGGCCCUGGUCCAAACGAUGGGAACGUCCAAAAUUUAAUAUUAAAGGAAUAGGAUUUGAUCUUCAUUUAACUGAGGAACAAAUGAAAGAGGCUCAGAAGUGGAGUCAGCCGUGGCUUGAGUUUGAUAUGAUGAGGGAACAUGAUACUUCAAAAAUUGAAGCUGAAAUAUGGGAAGAAAUUCAAGCGUCAAAGAACUCCUGAUUUGAAUAUGAAUUGGUUCCUUGCAGAGGAUAUAUUGACUCCGAGAGGAUUUAUUUUGAGACCAGUUUAAUUUCAUUUAUAAGAACAUAGUCAUUA